AUGAUAGCCUACCUGGAGUGUUUCGUUCACGAAAACGACACCGAAUCGAGGCCGGACGACGACGUUUCCAGCCUCUCCAAGGCCCUGGACCUCCAAGGCAGUAUCCACGACUGCGAGGGGCCCACCGACGAGGCCUCCAGAGAUUUCGGCGGCAUGAAUUCCCUAGCGCCGCUCUUUUUCAUCCGCCCCUCCAACGCCGAUGACGUGGCGAGGGUGGUCAAAGAGGCUGCCAGGUCCUCGAAUCUGACGGUGGCGGCGCGCGGCAACGGCCACUCGAUCAACGGCCAGGCGAUGGCGGAUCGAGGCCUCGUCUUGGACAUGCGGUCCUUGGACGACCAUUUCCGAGUGGUAAGAGCGAACAAUGGCUCCGUCUACGCCGACGUGUCCGGAGGGGCAUUAUGGGAACAUGUGCUGAAACGGUGCGUUUCCGAGUACGGGAUGGCCCCGAGGUCCUGGACUGAUUACCUCAGCUUGACGGUGGGCGGGACGUUAUCCAACGCCGGCGUCAGCGGUCAGGCUUUCCGUUACGGUCCACAAACGUCAAACGUUACGGAGCUACAAGUCGUUACGGGGAAAGGCGAAAUUUUCAAUUGCUCCGAAACCGAAAACUCGGAGCUCUUUUUCGGAGCGCUUGGCGGACUCGGACAGUUCGGUAUCAUCACCCGAGCUAGGGUUUUGCUCCAACCAGCCCCAGACAUGGUGAGAUGGAUAAGGCUGGUGUACACCGAGUUUGAGGACUUCACCCGGGACGCCGAGUUACUGGUGACUCGGCAGGACGAGGACGACUCGUUUGAUUACGUGGAAGGCUUUGCCUUCGUCAACAGCGACAACCCGGCAGAUGGGCGGCCCUCCGUGCCGUUGGAUCCGGACCAGGUCUUCGACCCGACCCAUCUUCCACGAACCGCCGGAUCAAUGCUCUACUGUCUCGAACUGGCUCGUCACUACCGCAACUCUGACGACCCCUCAAUUGUUGAUAUGGGCGUGAACAGAUUGCUUGGAGGCCUCGGAUUCGUUGAGCGAUUGAAGUUCCAAGUGGACCUCAGCUACCUCGAGUUCUUAUUGCGUGUGAAGCGUGCAGAGGAACACGCCAAGGCCAACGGGAUAUGGGACGCGCCACAUCCUUGGUUGAACCUGUUCGUCUCGAAAUCUGAUAUCGCUGAUUUUGAUCGAACGGUCAUCAAGAAGAUCCUCAAGGAUGGGAUUGGUGGGCCCAUGCUCGUCUACCCUCUGCUGCGAAGCAAGUGGGAUACGCGUACAUCAGUGGCGCUACCAGAAAGUGAAAUCUUCUACAUAGUGGCAUUGUUACGUUUCACUCCACCAUACCCAACAGGUCCCUCGUUCGAGAACCUAGUGGCCCAGAACAAGGAAAUUAUACAAUAUUGCACCAAAAAGGGGUUUGAUUUCAAGUUGUAUCUGCCUCACUAUCGAUCGCAGGAUGAUUGGAAGCGGCAUUUUGGAAAUGAUCGAUGGUCGAGAUUCGUGGAGCGGAAGACCUGCUUUGAUCCAAUGGCCAUCCUUGCUCCAGGACAGAAAAUUUUCCCUAGGGUUUCUCAACCUUAA